UUUCAGAUUAUUGUCGUAACGCGAAAGUCCAGCUCAUGACAUCUAAAAUGUAAACAUUGGUAGUGAUUGUGCCUUCGCCAAACGCUCGGCAUUUAGAAGUGAGGACAAUGGGUCUUUCGGAUGAAGAAAAUGAACAGUGAUCAAUUUGAUUACUCCUAUAAAGAUGCUUUAACAAACUUAAUGAUCAUGCCGAUCCCCACUUACAGACGCUGUGUACCAGUUGAGCUUGUCUCUGCUGAACCAGUAACAACGUUUGUUGUACUGAUGCCAUCCGUGUGGACAUCCGCCGGAAGUGACCUUGGCUGCGGCGUACUUGAAGGCACUGUAUCUUGGUCUAUUUCCGUAACUGGCUUCACAGACUGGAGUAGAAAGAUCGAGAAUAUCAUCCGACUUCAACUGUUUGUUGAUUUUUCAUAUAGAUUAAAUAAAAAUAUAAAGAUAUGAUCAUUCAGAAACAGCUGCAGUCAAUAUAAUAAUGAAUUGAAUUGGAAACAAGCGAUGGAAUAACAUUUACUUACUCUUCAAAACUUACGCAUACAAAACAACCAUGUUAUAUAUAUCCACUAAGCUGUAGUUAUGAUGUUAUGUCUCUUUGGAAGUCUAAUUGAUUAUAACAUUAAAGUGUCACUUACUUACGAAGAAAGCACAAAACAGAGCAAGAAGACAGGACAGGGAAUUCAUUUUGUUUCUCUGAUGAAAUCGUAGAGAGUGAUAUUCUAUAUAUACUGAUCAAGUUUAUACAGAGUUAACUUUCCAUGUCUGUUAAUCACACAGAAAAUUAUAGAACGCCUUUUCUUAGUGUGAAGGAAAAUGUGUUAUAUAUAAUUUAUUGAUUUAUUUGCAAAAAUUGCUAUGUUUGUGAUAAAAUUCCAUUACUAUGUUGAUCUGUUGUGUAACUAUUUGUUAUUUCUGCAGUCUUGUCUUUAAUAUGGUUGUAGUUUGAGCAGGUCAAUUAAGCACAUAUGUUGUAUUUGUAAAUAUCAUUUAGGUAAGCUUUAAUUUUAGCAUGAUCUCAUUGCACAGGCAAGCAAUCCAAUGGUAUAUAUACCUUGGUUCUCCACUGAGUCCUCGGAGAAUAUCUGCUGUCAUGAAUGCUUACAUUUUUCUCGCACUACUUUGCACCAUCUUGGUAGCUGUUGAGGCUAGCUACAACAAUGCCCCACAAUACAACAAGUUUGGGUACAUGGCUGCCAAGGUGGCGGCCGGGAGCUGUCCUUAUGGCUGGUCCUUGUAUCACGGGAGCUGUUAUUAUUUCAGCCGAGACAGACUAACAUGGUGGCAGGCCGAGAUGAAGUGUGCUUCCAUGGGCGGUUUCUUGUGUAAUGUUGACGAGGCUCACGAAAACACUUACGUCAGACAUCACCUGGCCAUGUAUGGAGUGUCUCCUGGAGCUUGGAUGGGUCUGAAUGACUGUCUGUACCCUAACGCCCACAGAUGGAUCUGGGGAUUCAGCAAGAAGCGGUGUCACAAGUUUGACUGGUACGGUAGCGAGCCCGUGUACCACAAAGCCGGCGACUGGAACUGUGGAGCCUUCUGGAAGCAUUACCACUACCACUGGCACGUGGACAGCUGUGCCCAGAGAAACUACUACGUCUGUGAGAUGAAACUGGGAAAACCAUGUAAAUGUCAGUAUUAAUAAAGGCAUAAAAUCUG